CGCAGUAGAAGUGCGCACCUCACGUGGUCACGGGGAGAACAUGCCGCAUUGCGGAUAAAUGUGGGCUCAAUAAGUUUACACCUGCAAUAUUCGACCUUUUUCACAUAAAACAGAGAGUAUGUUUUAAACUGACCUGAUCGAAGAUGUGAACGCAUGGCGCAUGCUCAGAACUUGGGACGCUUGCAGCAGCCGCCUCCGCUCCCGCCCCCGCCCCCGCAUCCGCCGCUGGUGCCUCGCCCUUAUCGCUUGGUCCAGUGCUUUUGUUCGCGUAGUAGAGAGAGCUUUCGCCGCGCCGGUUGCUUGAGCUUUCUUAUUGUUUCUUUGUCCAUCGCUCUCUUGGCCCACGGGAUGGAGAAAAACGACUCGGAGCAUCCGGAUAUCUCAAAACCAGGCGGAGGCAAUGGCCGAACCGGGGGAGGGGGUCGAGACAGUAGUGAAUCGCCGCCGCCGCCGCCGCCGCCGCCGCCUCCGCCGCCGCCGACGUCGCAGGAGGUAGGGCGCGGCGCCAUUAGGAAACGACCGCCCCCAGCACCCAAGAGCCGAGAGCCCCAGAGGUUCGUGAGCCCUCAGAGGUCGCAUAGCUCCCGGAGGUCGCAGAAAUCAUAUUGGCCGGAGUCUUCGCCUGACCUCGAGAGAUCGUAUAGCCCCUUGACGUCGGAUAGAUCACCUUGGUCGCAAAAGCUGCCUGGUCCCCAGAGCGCGCAUGGCCUCCAGGGAUCGCAUAUAUCACCUUGGUCGCAAAAGCUGCCUGGCUCUCAGAGAUGGCAGGGCCCCCAGGGAUCGAAGAUAUCGCAUUCUUCGCAAAAGCUGUCUGGGCCUCAGAGCUGGCAGGGCCCCCAGGGAUCGCAGACAUCACGUUGGCCGGAGACGGUGACUGGCCCUCGGAGCUCGCAGACAUCACGUUGGCCGGAGACGGUGACUGGCCCUCGGAGCUCGCAGACAUCACGUUGGCCGGAGACGGUGACUGGCCCUCGGAGCUCGCAGGGUCCCCGCGGGUCGCAGACAUCACUUUGGCCGGAGACGGCGCCUGGCCCUCGGAGCUCGCAGGGACCCCGCGGGUCGCAGACAUCACUUUGGUCGGAGACGGUGCCUGGCCCUCGGAGCUCGCAGGGCCCCCGCGGGUCGCAGACAUCACAUUGGCCGGAGACGGUGCCUGGCCCUCGGAGCUCGCAGGGCCCCUACGGGUCGCAGAUACCACGUUGGCCGGAGACGCUGCCUAGCCCUUGGAGCUCGCAAGGCCCCCACAGGUCGCAGAUAUCACAUUGUCCGGAGACGCUGCCUGGUCCUCGUAGCUCGCAGGGUCCGCAGGGGUCGCAUAUAUCACAUCGGCCGGAGACGGUGCCUGGCCCUCGGAGCUCGCAGGACCCCCACGGGUCGCAGAUACCACAUUGGCCGGAGACGCUGCCUGGCCCUUGGAGCUCGCUAGGCCCCCACGGGUCGCAGAUAUCACAGUGGCCUGAGACGCUGCCUGGCCCUCAUAGCUCGCAGGACCCGCAGGAGUCAGAGAUUAAUUGGCCGGAGACGCUGCCUGGCCCUCAGAGCUCACAGAUGAUAGAUUGGCCAGAGACGCUGCCUGGCCCUCAGAGCUCGCAGGGCCCAUAUGGGUCGCAGAUAUCACAUUUGCUGCAGACGCUGUCUGGCCAUCAGAACUCGCAGGGCCAACAUGGUUCUCAUAUAAUCAAUUGGCUUCAGACGCUGCCUGGCCCUCAGAACUCGCAAGGCCCACAUGGGUCACAGACAUCACAUUGGCUGCAGACGCUGCCUGCUUUUCAGAGCUCGCAGAAUCCCCUGGGAUCGCUGAGCCCACAGGCGUCGCAGAGCCUGCCGAGUAGGCUUCCAGGCGCAAUAGACAGGAGAGACAUGCUGUACAGCUUUGAGCUGGAGUGUGCGUUGGAGGAGCUGGCGGCCUUCUUCAGCCAUGAUGUUAAAAAUAUCUACAUGAUACUUAACGCUUUGAGGCAAAGCCUGCAUGGCCACGCGGAUGGCCUGCAGGUCAACAACGGGCCCUCGGUAGUCCCUGUUGUCAACACGGACUUGAUGAACUUGCUGCCGCUCUUCAUGGAGCUGGUUGCUACUUUCAAGGAGCAACUCCAUAGGUCCCGCGAGCAAGUUGAAGCCCUCCGCGCCUCAUCCCAGCGGCUCGAGUGCAACUCCGACGAGGAGGCGCAACUCGAGCUUAACAUCCUCUAGGUAACACUUGAGCAUGCAGCCGAG